GAAUGCUUCUAUUAGUACAUCAAGAGAUCACAAAGUCUUCUCAAUUUCCCCCUUGAAAUUAAUUUUUCAAAUUCAAUUUUGAUGAAUUCUUAAUUUGUGUAAAGAAGAAAAAGGAAAAACUAAUCGAAAAUGUUUCCACAGUUCGGAGCGACGGCGGAGACGUUGAGCAAGGCGUCGACGAUGGUGUUCCGGAUCGAAACCGAUGCUCACCUCUACGACGAUCCAGAUGAUGUCAGCAUAGCUCCGCUUUUAGAUAGUAAAUUCGAUUCGGAGAAGUGUGAGGCUCUCAAGCGACUCCUCGCUCUCAUCGCUCAAGGCUUCGACGUCUCCAAUUACUUCCCUCAGGUUGUUAAAAACGUGGCAUCUCAAUCUUUGGAAGUAAAGAAACUUGCUUAUUUGUAUCUACUGCAUUAUGCUGAAAAGCGUCCCAACGAAGCAUUGUUGUCAAUUAAUUGUUUCCAGAAGGAUUUGGGGGACCCUAAUCCCUUGGUGAGAGCAUGGGCACUUCGCACCAUGGCUGGAAUUCGUCUUCAUGUUAUUGCACCUCUUGUUCUGGUGGCUGUGGGCAAGUGUGCUAGAGAUCCAUCUGUCUAUGUUAGAAAAUGUGCAGCUAGUGCUCUUCCAAAAGUACAUGAUUUGCGCCUAGAGGAACAUACCUCGGCAAUUGAAGAGGUUCACUUGAUAGAUUUAUUUCUUCAUGGUUAUUUUUGCUUUCAUGUUAUCAACCAUUUAUUAUGACCUUAUUCUUGCUUUCAUGUUAUCAACCAUUUAUUAUGACCUUACUUUGCUACGACUCGAUUUCCAUUGUUCAGAUCAGUUGAAAACUGCUUCCUUAAAAGGUUUGGUAUUUUUGGACAGAAGGUUUUAGACUAGUUUGGCAUGCAAUAUGCAAAGAUAAUAUAUUUUCAUCUUUUGUGCCUGCAUUUUUCAGGAAUUUUUUUGUACCUAAAUAAACAUUCAUAGAUUUGUGCUUCUUUACUUGGACGUUCAAUUUUAGAUGUCUUUAGUAGCAUGACACCUUAGACAUCUAUCUCUUGUUAUAAUACAUUUCGAUAGGGUUGGAUUUAUGUUUGAUGUUAUAGCUGGUAUGUCAGCUGCAUUUUGUUUGUAAUUCUAUCUAGGCUUUAGUCAUGUAUUAGUGGGAGCAGUUAUACAUUAGUUAACUGCCAUAUUUCAUUGUAACAUAAA